UUUUAAUAAAAAUGACACUAUCAUGAUAAGAAUAUGACUUUUCGUGAUACCGAACAUUUUGCAGCGUGUGCGCACUAUUUUUGCGCAGCUCUUGGGUGCGUUCUUGUAUCUCUCUCACUCCAGCACAGCGGCGCGGCGGGCGGCGGGUCCACGUGGGUCAUUAUAACGCAGCUCUGCGCGCUACAUCUGGCUAUUAUACAUCAGUUCACGUUGUGUCCUAUUACAGUAGUGUAUCGAAGUUACAAUUUCGUGUUGGGAAAAAUUAAAAUAUUGUUUCAAGGACAAAGCUUUUGUUUGCUAUUCAUAACGUUUAUGGGCAUUUGCAAUUUAAAAUAUUCUGAGGACAGUCGAAGUAAAGAAAAGAACACUGUAUCAUCGUGAUUGCAGAGUAUUCGAAUGGAUAUUAUAUCAUGAAACCGCCGCUGCAGAAUUUUUGCAAGAAAAAAGUUCUUCGAAGAUAUAAGAUCAAAGCAGAAAAUCGCAUUUAUCAGGCUUUUAUCCGUUCAAAAGCAGAAAAUAUUGUGCACCAAGACCUUCAACUCUGUAUAGAUCAGGAACUUGAAUUUUGCCGUGGUAAGAUUUAGAGGAGGAGAAGAGUCUGUAGAAGUAGUAUCCACGUCAUGGAUUUGUGAGGAUAAAGGAUCAUGUAAAUGGCCACCCAAGAAUUUAAAUAAUGACAAGAUUACGAGACUUAUCAUGAGUUUAUCAAAGCCAACCCCUGAAUUUGACAUAUAUCUAGUGACAGUAAUGCAUGAGUAUGAUAAAUACCAAAAUGCUCGUAAAGCAUCAAAGGUAGCUGAAGAUUUCAGUGAUCUUGAUACUGCAGCAGGAGAAACUGACUUGGAAGGACCUAGAAAAAAACGAAAGACCAAAUAUUUGUACGAUUCAGAGGAAUCUUAUGAUGAAUCUCCACAGAUAAAGAAGAAAAGAACCAACAAAACUAAACAUGUUAGCAGUGAUGAAGAGAAUGAAAUAUUAAACUCCGAGAAAAUGAAAAAGUCAGUUAGAGUUCUUCUAAACGACACAAAAUAUAACCCAAAAGGAAACCUCGAAAAAUCCUCUUGCCACACGAAAGCCUCCACAAGUAAAACAAGUUCCUUUACAUCAUUCAGUGAACGUGACAAUAUGUCAUCGAUAGGUACUGAUGUCACACAAACCAUCUUUCAUUUGUCUGGGAAUGAAUGUAGUACUGUAAAAUUUGGAACGGAAAAUACAUUGCAUGAUAAUUCAAAUAUUGUUGACUUACUUUCUGUAAAUGAGAAAAAUGUGGGUGUAAGUAAGAAAGAAUCUUCCAAUAGAACGUCGUUGAGAACAUUGCAAGAUGUUGACAGCGGUAUUUCUGAUAAAACAUGUCCAACAAUUGAUUGUAACAAGUGUGAAAUAUUACUCAAAACUAUAAUAGAGCAGAUUGAGGAAAUAAAUGGAAAAUUUGAUUAUGUAUGCAUGUCCCUUGCAAGAGUGCAUAGAAAAUUAACACCUGAAGAUUCAGUGUCCAUUAAGCCAAAAGAUUUGCCUAUAUUGCCUCUUAAGGAUGAAGAGGCCUUUUAUGCUUUUGACAACUUCCUUAAAAAUGACGACAAUUUUCUUUCAACAGUUGAUUAUUUUGUUGUCUUGAUGCCAACGGGAAAAAAUGAGGAGGUACCUAUAGGAAAUUUGCUAUCAAAAAUAUUCUCCAAUUCAUUGGCUAGAAUUAUUAAUUAUUCAGGUUCAGGAUCAGUGAAAAUAAAACUACAAGGCACAAACAUUCUUACAGUAAUUGAAUGUGCUGUUGUGAAAAAAUUCCCAACAUAUAAUGUAACAGAGUUACAUUCCAAAAUUUUACGUUGGUUUUCUACAAGCAACCAGAGAAAAAUUAACACUUAGAUAUAUUCCAUUAACUAUAUGAAUAUUUAGUUCCUUUCUCAACUACUUACAGAGCAGUAGUUUGGGUUUGUUUUUUUAAUAAGAAAUGUUUACUUUUAUAUAAUAUUUUUUUUGUUAACUACUCAGAGCAGUUUCCAUUAUUUUUGUUUUUUUAAUAAUAAGAUAUGUUUACGUUAAAGUAUUGAUAUUAUAUGAAAUAUUCUUAUAAAAUAUGUUUAUUUUUUGCUAUUGUAGUAACUUCUUUAAUACUUUCUACAUUUAAGAAAUAGGUAAAAUGUUAUUUAAUGUUUUAUUGUGUUUAAAAGAUAAGAGAAUAUAAUAAUUCUAUAUAUUAUAUAAAAAUAUAUUAUUAAUCUCACACGUUUCUAAAUUAAAUAAAAGACUGCAUUUUUGAAAUAAUAA